AUGGCUAGUUCAAAAGGAUUAGCUGGACAUCUUAUGAGGGAUGGGAUGAAGCACCCUUUUCCACUCGACAGUUUCCUCGAGGAAACAUUCAUAGCUCCUACGCCAAUAUCACCAAUACCAUCGCGCUCCACUCUUCUUAGAGAAGGCUGCGGUUUUCGAUCUAAUUCCGAGCUGCACGCCGUACAGGCACUGGGCGUCUUCCAUUUUGACGACGAUAUUACUUUCGCACAACGUUCCUGUUCCCCAGUCUUACUGGGAAACGACAUCCAAAAAUCUAGCCUUGUGGCUUUCAAGCCUCUUACGUCUCCGAAUUGGGCGAGCUCAACGCUUAGCGGGAGUCAAUAUGCCGAUGCCUAUACUCCCAGCACCAAGCACAAAAAGACGGAGGCCGCGGCGAGGCCCCUGUCCAAAUCAAAAUCGUGUGAAGACGCCAGAACAGCGAUCGGGACCCGCGUCUCUACGAAGUCUACAUCAAACCGCGAUGAAUGCUUAAAACGCAACCGCAACGCCGCCAAGAGAUUCCGUGAAAAGCGUAAAUUCCAGAACGAACAGCUCAAGUUAAAAUUCGAAGAGCAGUCCGCCCUGCACCGAAAGCUGCUCGCAAAUACAUAUCAACUGCGCUCCGUACUCUCGGAACUACGUAACGAGGCCCUGAAGCACUGGCAAUGUCAGGACGAGCGGCUCGCAUAG